UCAGGCUAUGUAAACACGGAAACCAUUUUACAUUUCUUCACUAUCAUUGACUAUCAUGUAGUUUACCAAUCGCUCUGAGUCCUUUGACGAAGAGCUAACGCGCGCAACGUCAGCUUACAAAUUUUUCACGGAGGCUAAUUUACGUUAUCAACUCAAUUGAUAAUACUAGAUUGCCUUAUCAUGUAGUUUAGACAUAUUCAAAUUCGACACAAUAGUUGAUGAUAGUUUUUGCCUUUGAACGAGCGGAUGAUAGUGAAUGACGUUUUUGGGUCAGCAGUUUUGCUAAAAACGGGCUCAAACGGAAAUGACAAGGGGUUUAAUAGCUAAAAUAGUCGUCAAAAUUUCCCAGAAUUUCUUAUAGUUCACUGCCAUCAUCUCCUGGUAGGCCUCAGUAUCUUCAACUCGCAUCUUCUUAUCUAAAAUUUCAAAUGCUACCGAAAUUGCGGACCUAAGCGCGCGCCAUAUUUGUUUACAAUUAUGCGAUCUUAUUGCGUGAUUUUGUCAACUUUCAUCAACUGUCAUGAACCGUUUGAACGCAAAAACUAUUGUUGACUGUCAUGACCACCAUGACCGUUGGAACAGGGCUUAACUCACCAUCGAGGAAUGAAAUAAAGGUAAUGUUGAGUUAAGUUUCGCAAUGUAAUACUGCAAUUUAUAUAUUAGUGAACUAUGACUGUGGCCCAGGAGAAAAAUUAUCUAGAAUGUAACGGGUUUUCGGUUGUUUCCGUCUUCAGCUUCUCUGAGUAUGUCCUAGUUUAUUUUUAGAGUUGAAGCGUAGUUUUCUAUUCUUCUCCGAAGGUUUUUGCAGAUGCAAUCCAAAUUCUCCUUAUGUUUACAUGGGGUCCAUUGAUAGGUAAUUUACAUUGUCCAUUCUUAUCUGUCAUUUGUGAACCCCCGUGGAGACAAAAUUACCACAUGUAGACUGGCCAAAUGAAGUAAUUUGGUAGCCAAGAAAACAAUAACCUGGUUCACAGAAGUGUCGACCCUUUGAAGUUCGCAUCUGAAUCAAUCGGCUGGUGUCUCAGUUCUUAUCAAACAGAAGUGACUUUGUAUCUGUUGAUCAGCCUAGAUCAGUUUACUAACAACAGAGCCACCAUGGAGAGAAUUUUUACUUACAUAGCUGCGUUGUUCACUCGUCUGCUGUUUUGCCUCCAUGCCAUUGCCAUGAUUUACUGGCUGGUGACUUUGAAGCAAGACAGAAUGUAUUUUCUGUUUUUACUUCUUCUCGUGGCUCUCUUAGUGGAAACAAUAAUCACUGUGGGAUUUCGAAAGGGACAUGAAUAUAGUUGGUUUUGUCCAAGCAUGUUUUUAUACCUGAUGACUAUGAUUCCCUGUGACUGGAUUGCUAAAAUAGAAGUGCUUGAUUGCGUCGCUUCCAGUAACGAUGCAAGUUCAACUUGCAUCACAGCUGUCAACGAAACCGAGGAGAUCUUUCAGUUUUUACAAGGAAUAAACAUCACCGACGACGAAAGACUACUGUACACCAUGGAGCAAGCUCUGGUUCUCAUCUUAGUCAUUGGCAGAUGGCUUCUUCCAAAAGGGGGAAUAUCACGUGAUCAGUUAUCCCAACUGUUGCUUAUCUACAUCGGUACAGCAGCGGACAUUAUGGAAUUUACUGAGAUCAUCAAAGAGGAUGACAUCAGAAAAACUAACCCAAAAAUGCUUCAGAAUCACCACUUUGUCAAUGCGGUUAUUUUGUUUUGGAGUGUUAGUCUCUUCCAGUUCCCUUUGACCAUUUAUGCGAUGGAAAGAUCAGCACAAAGACUCGAAAAAGAGAAGGCUGAGCUGGAAGAGCGGCUCAGAAAAGUUAAAGAAGAGAAAGAUUUUAGAAGAAGGAGAAAUCAAGUGGCGCCCUCACCGGCUUUGUAUAUUUAUAAAAAGGAUCAAAGUCGAGAAUACAAAGAAAAAGAAGAAAUUCGGGUUAGAUAUAUUCAGACUAAAUCUGGACUAGAGAUCAAACCUGUAAUGACGUCAGUAACAAGCAUGGAUGAAGAGAAAGCUGCUACGCAUGCUUCCCGAGGAAGAUGUAAUCGAUGUUGGAAAAGGUUUACCCAAGGUGUCGACAAUUUUGCAGGCAAAAUGAAAGAUUACACUGAGCUUGUAAGUUUACUUAUACCGAUGCUUAUGCAAGAUGGCCCCUUUCUUGUUAUUCGUCUCAUAGUCAUUGCCUAUUAUCAAAUUUACCAUGAUACUUUGUACUUUCUGACUGUCAAGAAUGCCUUGGUUGUUAUGCUUCAAGUCUACCGCAUCUUCGUUUUGUAUUACAAGCCACCAGAAGAGGACAUCGAUGAUUUUUUUCCAGACAGCGAUGGUUCUCACAGGCUUAACAAUGUACAGACCGCCAUUAAAUCCGUACAGCACACUCGUUUAGCCCUAAGCCUAGUUUCCAGGCUCCAGCAGCAGGCAAAAUGGCGCCGAAAGAGGAGCCUCAACUCUGGUCGUUUUAAAGUAAAACGUCCCUCGCAUGAUCCCAAAGAUACGGACAGUUUACUUCUACAAUUGGAUUCAAAUUCAAGGGGCGAUACUUAGGACCUGGGAGCCAUAGAAAGCCUGGUGUCAAAAAAAUCUGACCGUUUUCGACCAGCAUCAGUUUUUUUUUUGUAAAUAUAUAAAUCUGUGGUGCAACCG